AGCAGUUUAGUCAUGCUGGCCACAUGACCCGGAAAGCUGUCUGUGGACAAACGCCAGCUCCCUCGGCCUGAAAGCAAGAUGAUUGCUGCAACCCCAUAGUCACCUUUGACUGGACUUAAUUGUCCAGGGGUCCUUUACCGUUACCAUAUGCGGAUGUGGGAAAGAAACGCAGCACACAAUCUGAAGUUGAAGCCACAGCAUCUGACAACAUUGCAGGGUCUUCUGGGGUGUGUGUGCGCACUUUUUUGCCCUUAUGGUUGCAGAGGUGAUCUUUGAAAAGGUGUGGCACAAGACCUGGUUGCAUAUCAGCAGUGAGCUAGUGCCCUUGGGUUAAUAUUAAUGGAGCACCAAAAAUCCAUCAAGGAUGGAUUUUUCACCCCCAUUCAGUUUAGCUAGGGAUCAACUUGACGCUCUAGAAAAAGCAUCUCAUUGUAUUCAAAAUUGUGCCAGAUCAGCUUUAGAAUAAGUAUUUUAUGAUACUCUUCAUCUGGCACCUUAAUGAUGCAUUGGAGUCGGGAAGAGAGGCUUCCCUAGUCUUGCAAAUGCUUACAAAAGUUAAUUUAACUUGCUGUCACCUAGACUACCCCUCACCCAUGCCAGUGAAUAUGGCAAGCUACUUUCCUAGCAGGAAAUAUUGCUUAGCCUGAACAUGUUUGGGGCUUGCAGUUGGUGUAUGUUUGCAAGUCUGCUAAAGAAUAGUGUCCCAAAAGUCAAAAUUCUGUCAGAUUAUAUACUCUCUGCACUGCAUUUUUUAUUUUAUGGAUUUAUUUAGAUUCCUUGGGCUUCCUUUUUUGGAAGAAAUGGUAGGAUUUUAAAAAUAAUUUUCUAUGAUACCAUUACAUACUGUAUAUAUACACUGACUUUUUGUAUUGGUCCUCUGGGAAUUGAAAACCCCCAGUAGUUUGCAUGCCCCCCCCAGCAGUUUGCAUGCCCCCCAGCUCUGGGGGCUGCAAAGAUAUCCCGUCCCCAUUGUAUCUGAUGGCACUACUCAGGAUAUAAUAUGGAAAGAGCUUGUUUGUUCCCCAGAUGGCUUGCAAUCUGCAUUUGAUAGGCAAGUAUACUGAGAUCAAUGUACAGACUGUGACAGCCCUAUGCAUACAGGUGUACAGAAGAUAGCAUCCCAAGUCAAGAUUGAAAAAACCUCCCCUUUUCACUUCAGGGUGUGGGAUUGCUCUGAAAGUGUAUGAGCAAUAUCGGGUGAGGUCUCCAAAAAACAGAGAACGAGGAACUGAGCAAGCUUUUUCUGUGGUCAGAGUUUCAGUGACUCUGUCUUUUAUGUGCAGAAUUCCUUUAUUCUUCUUCAGAGGCAGCUUAAUAAAUGAUGCAACCUGAAUAACCUGUAUAGGGCACAAAAUUCAUUUUUAUAUGUGCAUUAAGAAAAGCACAGUUGAUACCCAUCACUGCCCCUAGGAGAACUCCAAAGCACACAGUUUCUUGCAGCCUGCUCUGGUAUCCCGGAAUGGAUUCAAACUUCAAGAAAGAAGAUUCCACCUAAACAUUAGGAAGAACUUCCUGACAAGAGGAUCUGGUCAGCUUCUCAGGAUCCAAAAUGCACAGGACCACCAGGAUAAAAAUCACAGAGCUGAACCCUCACUUGAUGUGCGCUUUGUGCGGAGGCUACUUCAUCGAUGCCACAACCAUUGUGGAAUGCCUACACUCUUUCUGCAAAACCUGCAUCGUCCGUUACCUGGAGACGAACAAAUACUGCCCGAUGUGCGAUGUCCAAGUGCAUAAAACAAGGCCACUCCUCAGCAUCAGAUCAGAUAAAACCCUACAGGACAUAGUCUACAAGCUGGUACCAGGACUUUUCAAAGAUGAAAUGAAGAGGCGACGUGAUUUCUACGCAGCAUACCCUCUGGCAGAUGUUCCUAAUGGAUCCAAUGAAGACCGGGGAGAAGUUUCGGAACAGGAGAAAGGGAACCUGUCAGACGAUGAAAUUGUCAGCUUAUCCAUAGAGUUCUAUGAAGGAAUCAGAGAAGAAAACAAAGGGACUGUUGAGAAUGGGAACAUGGAGAAAGACAAGAAGAACAGCAUGAGAUUCCUCCGCUGCCCUGCCGCUAUGACGAUCAUGCACCUGGCUAAGUUCCUCCGCAACAAGAUGGAUGUUCCCAGCAAAUACAAAGUGGAAGUUCUCUAUGAAGAUGAACCUCUGAAGGAAUACUAUACCCUAAUGGACAUAACUUAUAUCUAUCCUUGGCGACGGAAUGGCCCUCUCCCUCUGAAAUACCGUGUCCAGCCGGCCUGCAAGAGGCUAAAACUCUCCUCCCAGCUCCCCAACUCUGAAUGCACCAACACCAGCGGCGCGUCAGAAUGCGAGUCCGUCAGCGACAAGGCGAACAGUCCGGCCACCUUGCCGGCCACCACUUCCUCUUCGUUGCCAAGCCCUGCCACCCCUUCCCACGGCUCGCCCAGCUCCAACACCACCACGGUGAGCAUCCCCGCCAACCCUGCGCCUGGGACCAUGCUCAACGGCACCUCGAACUGCCACCAGAUGCAACCCUUGGCCAGCAGGGGGCGCAAGGCAAUGGUAAAUGGCGGCCCCAGCAUGUCGGCUUUGACUUAAAGGGACGGGACACCUUUUCCUUUUUCUUCCUUCUCCUUGGCUGGAUCUCGAGUUUUAUAAAUAAGUAUAUUAUGUGUAGAUAAGGGCAGUGGAGGGGUGGAGUGGGUGGCGGGUGGGGAAAUUAUACAUACUUAUUUUCUAUCAAUCGACCUGAUUUAAUUUAAGAAGACAAAAAGGCAAAAAGAGAGAAAAAAAUCCGAUGUGUCCUCCCCCUUUUUUUAAUUUUAAAAAAGCAAAAAAAAAAAAAAGUGCUCCUGUAACUGCAUGAUGUCAUCUGUGUUAAA